GGAGCAUGUCAUUGAGUGGGUGUAUCACAUCUGCUAUUAUGCACUAGCCUCAAGGAAAAUUGAACAAUACAACAGACUGUUAAAAGCUACAGUGAGAACAAUGGAUGCUGGGACAUCCAAGUCUUGGAAUACACAUUUAGCAGAAGCCACUUGGCUAGUUAACACUAGAGGAUCUGCCAGUUGACUUGGCCCUGCCCAACAAAACCCCUGUGCACUGUUGAAAGCAAUAGGGUCUUUGUAGUACAUACAAGAAUCUGGUUGGGAAAACCAAUCUGGAUUAUUCCUUCUUUGGGAACAGGCAAGACUAUUCAUAGGAUUGUUUUUGUUCAAGGACAUGGGUGUACUUGUAAUGCGGAAGAAUGAUGGAGUCCAAUGUGUACCUCAAGGUGAUACAAUACUGAAUGAAAAUAACCCAUGUUUUAAGUUGUAUGAUGGCAGUAUUACAUGAUGGUGUAUGUCACCAAUGCUGUGGCUGCCAUAUAUCAAAGGUAUUAUAGCAGGAAUCUCUUGCUGCUAGCCAGGCAAGAGGUAUAAUACAGUGUUAAACACUAUGCCCUGGUCUAGAGAGACCAUGAGGGGGGAAUAUAAUGGAUAUACAUUUAAAAUGUUGUAACCUAUGAUUUGAGUUGUGUAUUAUAGGAACUACUGCAGCAGAAACCACUCAAACCAAUGAAGAACGAGCCCCACAAGAAACAGUGCAAGUGCAGCAGUACCCUGACCUCAGCUGGCUUUGGCACCCAGUAACUCCAUGCAACACACCACUUCUCCUGUCCUGAGGAACACCUCUCCUGUCCUUUUGGGAAACAGCCCUUAAAAACAAAGGGGUCCAGGAAGGAAGGAAACAUGCCAUUGGAAGAUUUACUGGCAUUCUAUGGCUAUGAACCUGCAAUUCCAGUUAUCGCUGGUUCUAGUGUGGAUAGCUCUCCAAGUGAACUUGCAGAUGAACUUCCAGAUAUGACUCUAGAUAAAGAGGAAAUAGCUAAAGACCUCUUGUCAGGUGAUGACGAAGAAACACAGUCCUCUGCUGAUGACUUGACACCAUCGGUCACUUCACAUGAGGCUAAUGACUUCUUUCCUCGACCAUUAAGAUCAAACACUGCGUGUGAUGGGGAUAAGGAAUCAGAUAGUGAAGAUGUAGAGGCAGACAAUGGUAAUUCAUCUGAAGAUUUGAGAAAGGAAAUAAUGGUUGGUUCACAGUAUCAGGCUGAAAUUCCACCAUACCUUGGCAGAUACAGUGAUAAUGAAAAGGUCUAUGAAAAUGAAGACCAUUUACUUUGGAAACCUGAUGUGAUCUCCGAAAGUAAAGUUAAAGAAUACCUUUUAGAAACCUCCCUAAGAACAGGAAACAAAAAUAUGAUUGGCAGGAUUCCUGAAGGACUACAUACACGGGACAAUGAACAAGCUCUAUAUGAACUUCUCAAAAGUAGCCAUAAUAUUAAAGAAGCAUUUGAAAGAUAUUGCUCAAAUGGAAAGUCAUCUCAAGAAGAGAUGACAGCAUGGACAGAAGAAGAAUGCAGAAGCUUUGAACAUGCACUUUUGAUUUAUGGAAAAGACUUUCAUCUUAUACAGAAAAACAAGGUAAGAACCAGAACAGUUGCUGAGUGUGUGGCGUUCUAUUACAUGUGGAAAAAGUCAGAACGUUAUGAUUACUUUGCUCAGCAAACAAGGUUUGGAAAGAAGAGAUAUAACCAUCAUCCAGGAGUUACGGACUACAUGGAUCGUUUGGUAGAUGAAGCAGAAGCCCUUGGUGGAGCAGUACGUUCUUCAGCCUUAACAUCUAAUACCCGUACAGAAACCGUUCCUGAUCAACAGUUAAGCAUUCUGAACUCUAUCACUACCAAUGAGUUGACAGCAUUGACAAACAGUGUAGCUACAGUCUGCCACAGUUCAGAUGUGAACUGCCUGGAUGAUGCCUUUACUCCUAUGGACAAUUUACCCCGAGCACCAGUUAAUCAUGUGCCUAUUGGAACAGAAGAAUUGCUUAACUUGCCUAGCAAUGGUGAAAGCGAUUGUUUUAAUUUAUUUGAGACUGGCUUUUAUCAUUCAGAGCUAAACCAAAUGAACAUGUGUAGUGAGGAGAUGGAAAGACCUGCAAAGAGAUUGAAAAUGGGAAUUGCUGUCCCAGAAUCCUUCAUGAAUGACGUCUCCGUAAAUAACCUUGGUGUGGACUUUGAGAACCACACACAUCAUAUUACCAGUGCCAAAAUGGCUGUUUCAGUGGCUGACUUCAGCAACUUAUCUGCAAAUGAAACAAAUGGUUUUAUCAACACCCAUGCUCUUCACGAACAUAGUGCUCUUCACUCAGAAUGACUAUGGAAAACUAAGCAAACAGUGGGUACUUUAUGCAGUAGUAGUAAACUUGGUGGAAGCUAUCAGGUUUGCUUAGUAUUUCACUGGAAGUUUGAACAUUGACAUCAAUGAUGUCUUUUUAUGUAUAGAACUAUAUCUUGAUUUAUCAAGAGUAAUUUCUUUUUUUUUAGUCCAUAAAUGUGGAAAUGUUCAUCAGAGUUUGGGAUUAGGAGAACUCUGUGGUGCAGCUUUAAACUAUGCUUCAAUUUUAAAAUUUUAUUUUAUUUUAAAGCCUGUAGACAGGCCACUUUUUCAAAACCAGCACAAAGUGAUGAACUGAUUGGAGUGGCGUUCUAGUCUAAGUUACUUUUGCUGUAACGGAUGCAGUGUAAUAAUGUUUACAGGUACUGAUCCUGAUCCCUGCUCAAUGUAGCAUUUUAUUUUAUUGUAAAUGCAGGGAUGGGUUUCUUUAACUUAAACUGCACAAAUGUACAAGGAUGUUUUAUAAACGGAACAUUCUCUUAUGUUAUAUUAAACUAGAGCACUUCAUUUUACCUAACAGCAAGUUCAUUUUGGUGGAAGCUAGCACAAGGGACUUAACAUGAAUCAAGUAUGUAGACCUACAUUUGGAUGCUAUUGCAAAAUUAUAGGCCAUGGCUACCU